AUGGACACCAGGACGCAACGCAGCCCCAUAACGACGUCCUGUCUCCCUUGGGGACACUUGGUGGCCCAGCUGGCCGAGCUGCAGGACAAGGCCACCUCGGCGGAGACCAAGGUGCUGGAGAUGGAGACCACGGUGGAGGCCCUGCAGUGGGACAGCGCCCGGCUGCGCAAGAGGGAGCAGCGGCUCAACCGGCACCUGGCCGAGGCCCUCGAGCAGCUCAACUCGGGCUAUUACGCAUCCGGCAGCUCGGGCGGCUUCCAGGGCGGCCAGAUCACGCUCAGCAUGCAGAAGUUUGAGAUGCUCAACGCGGAGCUGGAGAGCAACCAAGAGCUGGCCAACAGCCGCAUGGCAGAGCUGGAGAAGCUGCAGCAGGAGCUGCAGGAGGCCGUGCGGGGCCAUGAGCGCCUCAAGGUGGCCCUGCGCGCGCUGCCCGAGGAGGCCGUCAAGGAGACGCUGGACUACAAGGUGCUGCAGUCGCAGUUCUCGCUGCUCUACAACGAGAGCCUGCAGGUGAAGACGCAGCUGGACGAGGCGCGCGCGCUGCUGCUGGCCACCAAGAACAGCCACCUGCGCCACAUCGAGCACAUGGAGGUGGGCGCCCUUGGGUGCCCUUGGGGAGCGUUGGGUCCCCUUGGGUCCCUGUGGGACAUGGGGACAUGUGGGGACAAGGAGUACGAGAUGCUGCGCAUCGAGUUCGAGCAGAACCUGGCGGCCAACGAGCAGGCCGGCCCCAUCAACCGGGAGAUGCGCCACCUCAUCUCCAGCCUGCAGAACCACAACCACCAGCUCAAGGGCGACGUCCAGCGCUACAAGCGGAAGCUGCGCGAGGUGCAGGGCGACAUCGCCAAGCCAUACGCGCUCCAUACGUGCAGGAAGGCCCAGGAGAGCCAGAAGGAGAUGAAGCUGCUGCUGGACAUGUACAAGUCGGCGCCCAAGGAGCAGCGGGACAAGGUGACGCUCAUGGCCGCCGAGCGCAAGAGCAAGGCCGAGGUGGAGGAGCUCCGUGUCCGGCUGCGGGAGCUGGAGGAGCGGGAGCGCCGGGACGGGCGCCGCGGCGCCGACGACGACGCCCUGCGGCGCCUGCGCGCGGCCGAGGAGCAGAUCGAGCAGCUGCAGCGCAAGCUGGCGGCCACCAAGCAGGAGGAGGAGGCGCUGCUGUCGGAGAUGGACGUGACGGGCCAGGCCUUCGAGGACAUGCAGGAGCAGAACCUGCGGCUGCUGCAGCAGCUGCGCGAGAAGGACGACGCCAACUUCAAGCUCAUGUCGGAGCGCAUCAAGGCCAACCAGAUCCACAAGCUGCUGCGCGACGAGAAGGACGAGCUGGCCGAGCAGGUCCUGGCCCUCAAGGCGCAGGUGGACGCGCAGCUGCUGCUGGUGCAGAAGCUGGAGGAGAAGGAGCGGCUGCUGCAGGGCAGCCUGGGCGCCGUGGAGAAGGAGCUGGCGCUGCGGGCCCAGGCGCUCGAGCUCAACAAGAGGAAGGCGGUGGAGGCGGCGCAGCUGGCCGAGGACCUGCGCGCGCAGGGCGAGCACGUGCAGGGCCGGCUGCGGGAGCUGCAGCUGGAGAAGCAGAGCAAGGUGGAGGUCUACGCCGACGCCGACCAGAUCCUGCAGGAGGAGAUCCGCGAGUACCGGGCGCGGCUGACGUGCCCGUGCUGCAACGCGCGCCGCAAGGACGCCGUGCUCACCAAGUGCUUCCACGUCUUCUGCUUCGAGUGCGUGCGGAGCCGCUACGAGACGCGCCAGCGCAAGUGCCCCAAGUGCAACGCGGCCUUCGGCGCCCACGACUUCCACCGCGUCUACAUCAGCUGAGCGCCCACGGGUGCUGCGGGGCACCCUUGGGUGUCCUACAUCAUCUAUGGGUGUCCUACAUCAUCAUUGGGUGGCGUUAACCAUCUACGGCCACCACAACCCAAGGGCAACGUCCACCGCGUCUACAUGAGCUGAGCGCCCAUGGGUGUCCCCAGUCACCUAUGGGUGCUAUGGGGCACCAUUGGGUGUCCUACAUCAUCGUUGGCUGUCCUACAUCAUCGUUGGGUGGCGUUGACCGUCUACGGCCACCACAACCCAAGGGCAACAUCCACUACGUCUACAUCAGCUGAGCACCCAUGGGUGCUACGGGGCACCCUUGGGUGUCCUGCAUCAUCUAUGGGCGUCCUACAUCAUCAUUGGGUGGCGUUGACCAUCUACGGCCAGCAUAACCCGAGGGCAACGUCCACCGCGUCUACAUCAGCUGAGCGCCCACGGG